AGACCACCAAUAUAUGACUGCACUCACGUGCGACUGUUAUUAGCUCAUAAGACCGCUGCUAUAUGCGCCUCUGGAGUGAUUCUCCUGGAAUGACGCAUUUUAUCAUUGGAGAUUACAAACCUGGGAUGGACAUGGACGAGGAGCAGAUGGAGAACGGAAUGGAUUCCGAUGAUGACUUUCAACUCGAGGAGAUACCCGAGUACCUGACAGACAGGAGAAGAGCCAAGUCCUUACCUGCGUAUCCAGAGCAGGUCAAUCUGUACCACCAGAUCUCCCAGAAACACGUGAAGUUCGCGGACGCGCUCGGCUUGAAUCUGGCGAGCGUCAAGCACUUCAGCAGCAGCGACGAUCCUCAGAUCCCAGCUAAAGUCUUCACCAGGCUGAAGAGCUACCCUCUCCACAGGGACCAGGAGAUCAUGGAUGACUUGUGCGUGAACAUGAAGUCUUCUCUGGCUCUGGAUUAUCUGGUCCCGGCGUUCAAGACGCCCGUGGACUCCGGUGACUUGGAGACGCGGCUGACGCGCUGCCGCGUCGCGCUGGAAAGCGUCACGGUCACGCAGUUAGAUGUCCGUGGGAUCAUACGCGCGUUGGGUGCGAGAGAGGUUGGGGUCAGGUAUACAUUCAACGACUGGCUGUCGUUCGUGGACGCGCAAGCCAUCCCCGAGCCCACAGCGCACAAGGCGCGCGGAGAGCGCUUCUCCGUCACCAUGUACACGCCUCCGGUCUUGGGUCCGAGCGCUGCUGUGCACUUCGCCGUGUACAUGAAGGAUGAUAACUCUGAGUUCUGGGACAACAAUGAUGGGAUGAACUAUUCCCUGAAGCAACCUGCCACAGCUCGUCAUCCAGACAGACGCGACACGAAGUGAUGCGCUUUGACGCAAGGAUUCAUUACGCUUUUCACCGAGCACUGUUACGUGCUCUCAGAGAGGUUAUACAGUGGAUUGACAUUAAAAUCUGCUUAAAAGAAAUAGUUUACCGAGAAUGAAAUUCCCUUCAUCAUUAGUCUCCCUCGUGUUGUUGCAAACCCCUUUGAUGACGUUUCUUUCGUGGAAAGAUAUUUUGCAGAAUGCCCAAGCUGCUCAUAGAAAACACCAUAAAAGUGCCAUAAAUGUGGUCCAUAUGUCCCGUGUGUUAUGUUCUACAAUUCUAAUGUCACAUACUAUUGUUUAAGGAACAAACUUCAAUUAUUGUUAUUUUUAAUGGCCAAAACUCUUUUAAAAAGCAUGUCUUCUGCAGUCAUGCCACAUUUUAAAUUUAAAUAAAUAAAGAAAGAAAGAAAAGAAAGGUAGCUGCGACUAAUUUACAGAACUCAGAAAACUCAGAAUUGUGAGAUAUAAACUUGCAGUUCUAAGAGGAAGAGUCAGUUCCCAGAUAGCAACAUAGUGGUGGGCCAGAUCCGGCCCAAAUCUGGCUUGCGUGAAAUUCAUGUGAGUCAGAUGUGGGCCGGAUCUGGGUCAAAACUGCUCACUGUCUGGAAUGUAAGCUAAACUCACAAUUGCGAGAGAUAAAAAAAAAAAAAAAUAUUAUCAAUAUUAUUAUUUUUUCUUUUUUUAUGCUGUAGCGGAACCAAGCUUCCUUCAGUUCAAAGCAUUCAAAUGCAUUGAAAUACAAAACCAAUGAAAUUUGACACUUUUGACUAUGCAAAUCAAAAUAGGAGUUAUCAAGGAGAAGCUUUUCAGUGUGAACAUUAAUUUCAGACUGUUUUUCACUCACACAAACACUCCAGAGGACUUUAUGGUGUUUUUUUUUGUGUGUGUGUGUUUUGAGCUUUAGGUUACUAUGUUUUUGUUGCAUGGAAGAGAGCAGUGUGGACAUUCUUACAAACAUCUCAUUUAGUGUUCCACAGAAGAAAUAAAAUCAUAUCAUUUGAAAUAAUAUGACGUUGAGUAAAUAAUGACAAUU